AUGGUAUCAAAUGAGGCCACAACAUCAACAUCAUCAACAGAAACAAUUCCUCACACAACUUCAAUAUCUUUCCCCAGUUUAACCCCAACCGUAACCUCAAAUGUAGCAGUAUCCACAUUGUCUGUUUCUUCCACGGCUUCAGCACCUGUCAUCUCUUACAACCAAGCUGCAACUGCCAUACCCACUGCACCUAUUGUUUCAAGCCCAACUGCCUCACCGUCAAUGCCAACAACAUCCUUCCAGUCCAGCUAUCAACCCUCUGUUUCUUUCAAUCAAUCAACAACCUCUUCCUUACCAGUUACCAGCCGAGGCAACCCACCAGCCUCCACUUUCUCGUUGUCACUUUCUUCCACGGCUUCAGCACCUGUCAUCUUUUACCGCCAAGCUGCAACUGCCAUACCCACUGUGCCUAUUGUUUCAAGCCCAACUGCCUCACGGGCAAGGCCAACAACAUCCUUCCAACCUGCUGCUUCUGCCUUCAACAACCAACAGACCUCAACAUCAACCACUAUACCCACUGCGUCUCUUGUUACCACACCCUCUUUACCAACAGCAUCCUUCCAGUCUAGCUACCAACCUGCAGCUUCUUUCAAUCAACCAACCUCUUCCUUACCAGUCACCAACCAAGGCAACCCACCAGCCUCCACUUUCUCGUUGUCACUUUCUUCCACGGCUUCAGCACCUGUCAUCUCUUACCGCCAAGCUGCAACUGCCAUACCCACUGUGCCUAUUGUUUCAAGCCCAACUGCCUCACGGGCAAGGCCAACAACAUCCUUCCAACCUGCUGCUUCUGCCAUCAACAACCAACAGACCUCAACAGCAACCACUAUACCCACUGCGUCUCUUGUUACCACACCCUCUUUACCAACAACAUCCUUCCUGUCUAGUUACCAACCUGCAGCUUCUUUCAAUCAACCAACCUCUUCCUUACCAGUCACCAACCAAGGCAACCCAUCAGCCUCCACUUUCUCUUUAUCAGACCCUGCGACAAUACUGAUAUACAGGGAGUAUGGGUCUGGGACAUUGCCCGAGUGGCUAGACUCCUUAAAUAUUCCAAGGAACGUCCAAACUCUUCAUCAAAUAAAAGAAAUCUGGGAAAAUGGGGGUAUCAACUGCCCGCCACUUUGUAAAUGGACAAAGGUAAUGCGCAACCACCGAGCUCCAAAUGCUGGCAAGAACUCCUCUUUAUUUAGCCAACGAAAGUUUAUGUACACUUUUUUAAAAACAAUAACUUUGACGAAAAUGCCAUCUCGGGAAAGUACCACAAGUAAAACCAGGAAAUUUGUAUAA